CGCCUCUCUUUCUCUCAACCUCUUCCUCAACAACAAAGUAUAUACAAAUCACAACUCUUCCUUUCGCUUCUCCUUAACUUUACUUUCGUUCAUAAAUUCUGCAAUAACCCACAACAACAAUGGAUAUCAACACUCCACGCCUCCUUCCAAUCAUUUCAACUUUGGUUCUCAUUCUAGUUUCGGUUUCUUCAUUCGCCUCAGCGUCUCUCAAAGUGGGUUUCUACGCCUCCACCUGUCCAUCCGCGGAGGAAAUAGUGAGAAGUGCUGUAAACAAAGCCAUUUCUCAAAACGCAGGCAUAGCCGCUGGUCUCAUAAGGAUGCAUUUCCACGACUGCUUUGUCAGGGGCUGCGACGCUUCCGUGUUGCUAGCAUCUACGCCGGGUAACCCAGCAGAAAGAGACCAUUUUGCCAACAACCCAAGCUUGCGUGGCUUCGAGGUCAUUGAGGACGCCAAGGCUCAGUUGGAGGCUGCAUGUCCUCAAACGGUAUCGUGUGCAGACAUAUUGGCCUUGGCAGCAAGAGACAGUGCUCUCAAAGUGGGUGGCAUAAACUACGACGUUCCGACAGGACGCAGAGACGGUCGUGUCUCUAUCGCCGAUGAAGCGGCACAGAAUCUGCCUGCACCAACACUGAGUGCCGAUGAGCUUGUGAGUAGGUUUUCACGAAAGGGUUUGUCUGGAGAUGAAAUGGUGACACUUUCAGGAGCCCAUUCCAUUGGUGUGUCGCACUGUUCUGCCUUCUCCAAGCGUUUGUACUCUUUCAAUGACACCUUCACGCAAGACCCAUCAAUGGACUCUUCCUACGCUGAAACCCUGAAAGCAAACUGUCCUGCGCCACCUUCCAUCUCAGACCCCACAGUGUCUCUUGAUCCUUCCACUCCCAUUCGUUUGGACACCAAAUACUACGACGGACUCAUCAACCACCGUGGCCUGCUCACGUCGGAUCAGACGCUUUUCAACUCGCAGUCCACCAGGGAAAUGGUUCUCACCAAUGCCAACGAUGCUGCUGGUUGGUCUCAGAAGUUUGGCAAGGCAAUGGUGCAAAUGGGUUCCAUAGAGGUCCUCACCGGCUCCAACGGUGAGAUCAGGAAGCAUUGCACCUUUGUCAAUUAAUUCACUCGUCCACAACUCACAAGUGCAUCUGGAAAACCAACUCAAUCACUUUAAUUCUUUCUUGUUUAAUUCUUUUUAUACAUUUUUUUUCUAAAAAUGUUAAUUACUCGAAUAAUACCCACUUUGACUAAUGUGUGUCAAAUUAGUAUCCCUCCUUUAAAAAGUAUCAAUUUGAUUUCCAAAUUAGUUGAAGUGCAUCAAUAAAAUCCAUUCCGUUAGAUUAUCAAAAACGACGUUAAGAUUGUAGUGGUGUGACAAUGAAGAAUGGAUACGUGUCAAUUACUAAAGAAUAUGUGUAAAAUAAAAUAAUUGUACAGUGUUACGUGUACAAUAUAU